AUGAAUGAUGACCAGAGUAAUGAGACAUAUUUGGCCGACUACAACGACCCUACUUUGUACGAGGCGAAGCUGGGCACAUCCAGUUAUGCCCCGUCCGAGCGUGUGUUCGAUAUGGGCAACAGCACGGUCCUCCGCUUGGUCUUAACCUCCGUCGGUUUCCCCGCAUCACACCCGAUGCACAUUCACGGGCACAACAUGCAGGUCCUAGCCGAAGGCGUGGGUAGCUGGGAUGGCAAAACCAUCAUCAACCCUGAUAACCCUCAGCGGCGCGACACUCAAAUCGUCCGACCCCAAGGCUACCUCGUAGUGCAGAUCGAGCUCAACAACCCGGGCGUUUGGGCUUUCCACUGUCACGUUGCCUGGCAUAUCAGCGAGGGGAUGAAUAUCAAUAUCCUCGAGAGGCCGGCAGAUAUCAAGAAUGAGAUGGAGUUGCCAUAUGUUAUGGCGGAGACUUGCAGAGAUUGGUCCUCGUGGACUGGCCAGCAUGUAGUGCCACAGAUUGAUUCUGGCUUGUAG